AGCUAGAGCAAAGUCAACGUCCAGUUUGGGGCGGGGAGACAAAACUCGAAACGUUUGGUUUGAUCGAGGGGAAAACCGAGCAGUGGAAACAGUUAAAUUUAGAUGAUUUACAGAACCUUUAUAAAAAAAAUAAAAGAUGAGACUAAGGUCUCAAAAAACGAUUACUUUUACUUCAGAGACGCCGAGGAGGACGCGUCAGCGGUCGCGACAAACGCGCCUUUCGACGACUGAGACGGAAAGCCCUUUACCAAACAAGGCUGAAGAGGAACCCACGAUUGACCAAUCAGAGGAUGAGGUUCCAACAGUUAAGAGGAGGCCGCUGCCUCGCGGUCGGGCAAGGAAGAGGCCAAGGGCCGUGGCUGUGGAGGACUGCCAGUCGGGAAUAUUAGCUCCAUCCACAGAUUCAGCUUUUAAGACUCCUCUCAAACCUGUGAUGCACCAUGAGCGCGUUCUGUCAGAGAUCGAUGUGGCUUCUCCUCGUAAUUCCACGUCAAGAAACAUCUACCCACCCAUCGUGAGGUUCCUCACGCCAAGCAAGGAAAAUAUGAAAUGUCCUGAAACUGGGAACAGUGUUUUGAUGAGCCCAGAACAAGGUGUGUUUGGUUACGGUUCCAUUGACCUACUGGCUGGAGACGAGGACGAUGACGUCUUUGAUCCUUUUACCUUCAUCAAGAACGUACCGUCACAGUCUCAGCAUUCCCGACCGUGUCUCAGAGACAUCCCACCAAAGACCAGGAGCACCCCAGAGGCCACACUGGUGGUGGACCUGGAGGAGACGCUCAUGUUCAGCUCCCUGAAUGUGAUCGAAGAUGCAGAUUAUACUUUCUAUACAACAUUCCAGGAUAAUCAAUACAAGGUCUACAUGAUCCUACGACCACAUUUGCGAGAGUUUCUUCAGUCCAUGGCAAAAAUCUACGAGCUGUUUGUUUACACAUGUGCAAAAAAAGAAUAUGCUGAAAAGAUCCUGGAGAUCCUCGACCCUCAGAAGAAACUGUUCAGACACCGUCUGUAUCAGGAUGACUGCGCCUGUGUCCUCGGACACUACAUCAAGGAUCUGGGCAUCCUCGGGAGGGAUCUGACCAAAACGGUGGUUCUGGAUAAUGCACCACACACGUACCCAUACCAUCUGAUGAACACAAUACCUAUUAAGAGCUGGUCUGGAGGACCAGAGGACAAGGAGCUGCAGAAGCUCGUCCCCUACAUGGAGAAACUGGCUGCAGCGGAGGAUUUUCAGGAGGUGCUGAAGAAGAGGAAGGACCACUUCCACAGGUUGCUGUCUGAGGACUGACAAAUCCUUCCCCCCUCACCACACGACUGCUGUAGCUCAUGCUUGGGUUGAAAAUCAGAUUCCAGAUCGGCCCUCCAGAUCAGCAGGCAGCGUGUCAGUGUGGGGAACCUGCUCAUCCUCCUCCAGUCGUUCCCGAGGAAUUUUAAGGCCGGCACAUUUUCAAGAUGCUGUUGAUCCAUCGUCACUUGAACCCAGCUUCUGCCCAGAACUGAUUCCUAAA